CACAAAUCAUAGAACUUCUAAAAGCCCUUUCUUUCCAUUCAUCUUUCCUCAUUUCUCCUCUGAUUCUUCUUCUAUAUGUCUCUUUCCUCAUAAAUUUCAGAACGAAGAAAAAGCUUUAGCAACAAAGCGGAGGCUAAAACAGAGCCAGUUACUUAACCGCCAAAGCUUUUCUUUCCCCUGCCCCUUGCUUUCAUUUCCAAGAUAUGAAAGUGCCCUUUACUCCUAAUGAAAACGUGAACUCCAAGGCAACUAAUUGUGGGGGUACUAAUAGUAAUCUUAAUAUCCAGCCCUCCACCGCCUCCCCUGCUUUUCCGGCCACCAACGCCGUCAGCUACGAACCAAAAUCCGUCCUCGAGCGCCGCCGCAGUCCCAGCCCCAUCCUACCGGAAAACAUCCGCCCACCCCUGGAUAGCGACGACCCUCUCCAGCUGGCUGACCAUGUGUUGACUAACUUUGAAGACUGGGAUUCGUUCAUGAAGGACUUGGGCCUUAAGGGCGGAGAGGAUUUAAUAGCAACAGCCAAACAAGCCCCUAAUAAUGACAACCACUAUACUUCUGAGUCGACUCAGUUUCUUGAGUUCCCACUCGCUCAACACUCUCUUGAAUCGGCCGAUCAGAGUCAAUUCCCCUUCUCCGAUGACACGAUCACAGCCCUGGCGGCGGCGGCGCAGUACCCUCAACCGCCGGCUGGGAUGACUCAGCAGCAACAGGGAGGUGGGAACGGUAUUAAUGGCGAUUUUCAGCAGAAUAACUGGAACUUAACGGCGGCGUCCGAUUACGUGGACGAUCUGAUCCGGUUCGCCGAGUGUUUCGAAACGAACGCCACCCAGCUGGCUCAAGUGAUAUUGGCGCGGCUCAAUCAUAAGCUGAGAUCUCCGACGGGAAAGCCGCUCGAGAGAGCUGCCUUCUACUUCAAGGAAUCUCUCCAGUCCCUACUCACCUGGUCAACUCGGAUGACCCGACCCGCCGCCUCCUCGUCGGCGAUCAUCCAGACCAUCAAAGCCUACAAUAUCUUCUCUAGUAUCUCUCCGAUCCCCAUGUUCUCCAGCUUCACGGCUAACCAAGCCAUCCUCGAAGCCGUGGUCGGCUCCCCGCUCGUCCACGUCAUCGACUUUGAUAUCGGGCUUGGAGGACACUGGGCUUCCUUCAUAAAAGAGCUAGCCGAGUCGUCCUCCCGAGCCAAGCCGCCGGCUCUCCGUAUAACGGCGCUGGUUCCCGAUGAGUACGCGGUCGAGUCGAGGCUCAUCAGAGAGAACUUGACUCAGUUCGCUCGGGAUGUCAACAUGGCGGCUUUCGAUUUCGACUUUGUGUUGAUUAGCACAUUUGAGCUUUUGUCCUUCAAAGCAAUCAAGUUUAUGGACGGAGAAAAGACUGCAGUCGUUUUGUCUCCGUCCAUAUUCAGGAAGAUCGGGACAGGGUUUGUCCCCGAUCUCCGUCAUAUUUCGCCACACGUGGUGGUCCACGUGGACACCGAAGGGCUCGCGGGAUUCGGCCAGUCUCCUUUUCGACAAACGGUGAUGGAAGGUCUGGAUUUUUACUCGACGCUGAUGGACUCCCUCGAAGCAGCGGCAAAUGUCCGCGGCGGCGGCGGAGACUGGCUGAAGAAGAUCGAGACUUACGUGUUGUAUCCGAGAAUAAUGGAAAUGGUAGGGGCGGCGGGCCGCCGAGGGCCGCCGUGGAGAGAGGCUUUUCUAUCGGCGGGUUUCAGGCCGAUUGUUUUCAGCCAGUUUGCGGACUUCCAAGCUAACUGCUUACUUGGAAGGGUAGAGGUGAGAGGGUUCCAGGUGGCGAAAAGGCAAGCGGAAAUGCUGCUUUGCUGGCAUGACAGGGCUUUCGUUGCCACAUCAGCGUGGAGGUGAAUAAAUGGACUUCUUAUCGUCGUUUAUAGAUUAGGGGAGGAGGGGACGUUGCCUACAACAAUAAUGAUCCAAAUUGAUAUGGUACUAAUUUUUUAAAUCAAUCUCGACCAUUCAGGUAGUUAUUCCAAGCUUCCGGUCCUUAAUUGGAAAAACUUUUUUAUCGGACAACUGUAAAAUUUUGACAUUUUUUUUUCUAAAAUAAUAAGUACUACGUAUAUGAUCAAUGUUAUUGUUUUUCUUAACAUUAAUCAUUUUAUUUUUAGUUUAUGAUUUUACGUGACAAUCAAAAUGGGAAAGGGAGAGAGAACGAAUGAUAAACUAUAGUCUUAGAUACAAGUAUAUUAUAGACUUUAGUAUAUGAUCAUUAUCUAUUAUAUUUGUCUUUUAAUUAUGUAAGUGGACGCUAUCUAUUUAGUGUGAUCUUGAAUUGUAGUUUGUUUUGUUUUCUAUGUGUGGCACCAACUCCACCAGGUUUGAUCAGUUCGGGACAUAUAUCUGUCGUUCAUCUUUUAAUAAAAUUUUCUAAUAAAAUCACG